UGGUAUACAGUGUAGUGGUCGGUGCUAGGCCCAAUCAAAAUCAAGAGUUUGAACCAAUAUAUUUUGUUGGCUCCGUCACGGCGUCACAUUAACAAAACAUUUUUUCCAAUAAAUUACUAUUGUGGUUGUUCUCUACCCCCAUAGCAAUUUGUAAUUAAUAGCGGACAGAGAUUAGCCACGUCACCAGAGCAGCAAAACACAGCUGGGAAUGCGUCGCAGCAGAUCACUGAAGAAGCCACGCGUCGAUAAACCUCGAACGGCGAACCAAACCCCACCGCCUUACAGAGCUUUGGGUACAUAUAUAACAACCCCUCUCUGGCUCUCUCGAUCCUUCCAAGCCCGGAAAGUCUCUACCCUUUGUCUCUCUCUAGUCUCUACAGUUUCGGACCAAAAAAAAAUGCCGACAGAGCUCGGAGAGAAGAAUGAACCUACCAAAGCGAACAACUCUACCGUGGCGGAGUCGCUUCUGCAGCCACCGAAGAUGACGGAGCUCCUGCCGUGCCCACGGUGUGCGUCUACUAGUACCAAGUUCUGCUACUACAACAACUACAACCUCUCUCAGCCUCGCCACUUUUGCAAGUCCUGCCGUCGCUACUGGACUCAGGGUGGGACCCUCCGUAACGUGCCCGUCGGUGGCGGAACCCGGAAGAAUUCCAAGCGCAGUCGCUCCUCACCCAAGUCCGUCCCUUUCUCUACCUCUUCUUCUACAGUGAGUGUUGAGUCAGAUCAAGCAGAGUCUGUGUCCAUGUCGAUUCCUGCAUCCACGAAUGCUCUAUCGAUUGUGCCAGAAACUAACCCCGAGACGUUCUCUCACUACACGAAUCUGAAUCUGAAUGAAAAUGAGAACUUCACGUCGUUGCUUAACGCGCAGGGAGCCGAGCUUUUAGGCGGGUACGGGUCGGGUUAUGUGGCCGGGUUUGAGGAAAUGAGUUUUGGGCUGAACAGAGCUGGGGUUUGGCCAAUUCAAGGGAUGGGUUAUGUCGGCGGCAGCGGUGGUGGUCCGGCUGCAGGGCCUUCCGGGUGCAACACAUGGCAGCUGAGCGAUGUUGGGGGUGGAGGAUUGACUGACGGGGACUUCCUUGGUUGGCCGGGUCUUUCCAUUUCCAUGCCGGGUAAAGGUUCCAAGUGAAGUGAAUGGUUGUUAUGGGCUUAAUCUUGUGUCUGGUUUGUUAUUGGCUUUUGGGUGGGUUCUGUUUUGGGGUCGGUGUUCUUGGAAGGUAAUUGGAUAUAGAAUAUAGAGAGAUUUAGGUUCUAAUAUACAACAGAAGUGAGGCGAGUAGUUACUGUCUCUUGGGUUCUUGGAUGUUAAUGUCUGUGUAAAUGCUUUGAGACUCUGUAUUGACGAAAUCUCUUGCAAGAAAAUGGACUGUUACUGAAUAGUUUUGCCAUUGUGUUCUUCGUGCUGUGUGUAUUACAUGAUCGAUCAAAUAUGAAAAUUGAUAUCUA